CGAUGAUGAUUUUUAAAACAGACGGUCACACUGAUUGACGUGGCCUCAAAAUUUUUUGUUCCUUUUCUGGUUCGCAAAGUUUAAAAAUUUUGUAAUUUGCGAUUAGCGUUGCACAGCAAGUUUGUUUAACAGCAAGCUCACCGACGUUGGCGUUUACAAACUUCCCCACAAACGCGAAAGACGCCAAACGUAUGCAUUAGCAGAAUGUCCGCCUAUAACCAGAACUUUGUGCCACCCGCCGCCGGCCCUGCAAACGGAAACCAGGGCAGCAGUCUGGUCAACGGUCUGCCCGGAGCAGUUCAGCAUCAACAGCAGCCUCCGCUAGCGGCACCAGCAUCAGCACAGCAAUAUCUCCAGCAGAAGCCACAGCAACAGCAGCCACCAGCCCAGCAGUAUCCGGGGAUCGGCAGCAACAGCAGUCUGCCGCCGCCUCUGCAGUUCAACAGCAAUAUUGUGAACAAGUUUCUGCCGCCUUCCUCGACGAGUGCCAACAAUGGGGGGCUACCGCCCAGCACUCUGCCGCCUCACUUUCGUCCGCCCACCGCCAAUGGACCCACGUCUCUAACGAAUGGCAGCAACGGAGCGCCCAGCGCCAACUCCUCGCGCACCGCCUCGCCUGGCCUGAUGAGUGCUCCUCCGCCGGGAGGUGCGGCGCCGAUGGCCCACAGUCUCCAAUAUGCGCACGGAGCUCCCCCAGCAGCAGCAGCAGCUCGACCCCAACAGCCCCCAUCUGUGGCCAGCCUGACGAGCAAUAUGCACCAAAUGAAUCUGAAUCGGACCAAUGGACAACCAUCCGCUAGUCCACAGCAGUUGCCACCACAGCAGCAACACCAGCAGCUGCCACUAGCGAACACCACGGCUGGGGUCCCCUUUAUGGCGAAUAAGCCUCCCAAUCUGAAUCCAAGUGCGUCGAGGGUGAUCGGAAGUCCAACGGUGGGUGGUGCCCAGCCAGUGCCCCUGCCGCAGGCAGGCCAAAGGAUCAUGUAUGGUGGCACGCCUGGCAGCAAUGACCAGCAGAGCCAAAACCAGCAGAACAACAAUCUGCAAAGGGCCGCACCGCCGCCUGGAGCUGGCACUGCCUGGCCGCCAAGUCUCCCAAAGGCAGCCGUGCCUGGAAUUCCGCCUCCAGUACAGACGCAGCCUCAGGCACAGUCAGCGCCGUUCGCUCCGCAGCAGCCACAGAAUCAGGCACAGUCAGCUCCGUUCGCUCCGCCGCAGCAGUAUCAGUAUGGCCAGGCGUACCAGCAGCCGCUGCAUCAACCGCCGCUACCACAGCAGCAACAACCACCACCGCCCCCUGGCAUGUUCGGAGCUCAGCCCAGCAGCACGCCUUUGCAGUACCAGUCGCAGCCGCCGCCUCCGUCGAUGCAGCCCCAAGGGCAGCAUCCCUACGCCCAGCCACAGCCAACGUCCGGACCCCCGCAGCUUGGCGCGCCGGUUCCGUUGAAUGUUGCCCAGCAGGGAUUUAGUCGGCUCUGGGGCCAGGACACCAUCGACCUGAUGCAGAACAGACACAUCCUCUCGCCGGCCACAUUGCCGGCGCCCAAAGUGGUGCUGCACAAUCAGUUCCACGAGUCAAUCAACUGCAGUCCCAGCAUCAUGCGCUGCACCGUCACGAAAAUCCCCGAGAGCAAUUCGCUGCUGCAGAAGUCGCGCCUGCCCCUGGGCAUAGUGAUUCAUCCGUUUCGGGAUGUGAAUAACCUGCCCGUGAUACAGUGCAUCAACAUUGUGCGCUGCCGGCUGUGCCGCACGUACAUCAAUCCCUUUGUCUAUUUCGUGGACAGCAAGAUGUGGAAGUGCAAUCUCUGCUAUCGCGUGAACGAAUUGCCCGAAGAUUUCCAGUUCGAUCCGGCCACCAAGACCUACGGCGAUGUGACCCGACGGCCAGAGGUGCGCUCCAGCACCAUUGAGUUCAUUGCGCCGUCGGAGUACAUGCUACGUCCGCCGCAGCCGGCCAUGUAUCUGUUCCUCUUCGACGUGUCGAUCAUUGCCCAGCAGAGCGGCUACCUGGAGGCGGCAUGUUCGGUGCUCAACAGGCAUUUGGACGAGAUGCCGGGCGAUGCACGGACCCAGGUGGGCUUCAUCUGCUACGACAGCUUCGUGCACUUCUACAGCAUGGCCGAGGGUCUGAAUCAGCCGCACGAGAUGACGCUGCUGGACAUUGACGAGCCCUUCCUGCCGCGUCCCGACAGCCUCCUGGUGAACCUCAAGGAGUGCAAAGAGCUGGUGCGUGAUCUACUCAAGCUGCUGCCCAAACGAUUCGCCCACACACAUGAUCCCGGCUCCGCUCUGGGCUCCGCCCUGCAGGUGGCCUUCAAGCUGAUGCAGUCGUCUGGUGGACGCAUCACCGUCUUUCAAGCGUGCCUUCCCAACAAGGGACCCGGCUCUCUGGAGCCGCGCGAGGAUCCCAACAAUCGCUCGGCCAAGGAUGUGGCUCACCUGAAUCCGGCCACCGACUUCUACAAGCGCUUUGCGCUGGAGUGCUCUGGCUACCAGAUUGCCUGCGAUCUCUUUCUGAUGAACCAGCAGUACAGCGACAUGGCGACCAUUUCUGGCAUCAGCAAACACAGCGGCGGCUGUGUGCACCACUUCCCGCUGUACCAGAAGACCAAGCAGCAUAUGGUGGACUCGUUCAGGAUGUGCUUCAAGCGCUAUCUGACGCGCAAAAUCGGCUUCGAGGCGGUGAUGCGCAUCCGCUGCACUCGCGGCCUGCAGGUACACACAUUCCACGGCAACUUCUUUGUGCGCUCCACGGAUCUGCUGUCGCUGCCCAACGUGAAUCCGGAUGCGGGCUACGGAAUGCAAAUCUCGUACGAGGAGAGCCUCACCGACGUGAAGACGAUCUGCUUCCAGGCAGCGCUGCUCUACACGAACAGCGAGGGCGAGCGACGCAUUCGGGUGCAUACGGUGUGCCUGCCGGUGACGUCGUCGCUACCCGAGGUAAUGCACUCGGCCGACACCGAGGCGAUUAUCGGCCUGCUGUCCAAGAUGGCCGUGGACCGGUCAAUAGCCUCCAAUCUGUCCGAUGCUCGCGACGCCUUCAUCAAUGCAACCAUCGACGUGUUCAAUGCAUUUAAGAUUGCACAAAAUCUGCCCUCUGGACAGUCCGGCCAACUGAUUGCUCCCCGCAGUCUGGCGUUGCUGCCCCUCUACAUCCUGGGGCUCCUCAAGCAUCCUGCUUUCCGUGUGGGAACAAGCACGCGUCUGGAUGAUCGUGUGUAUGCCAUGGACUGCAUGAAGACGCUGCCACUGGAUCAACUGAUGAAGUUCGUCUAUCCGGAGCUGUACAAGAUCGAUGGGCUCAUCUACCAUGCUCGCAACUCCAAUGCGAGCACGACUGAAGAAGACGACGAGGAGGAUCCGCUGCCGGAGUUGCCGCGCCUGCAAUUAUCUGCGGAGCACCUGGACUCUCGUUCGAUAUUCCUGAUGGACUGUGGUCAACUGAUAAUGCUCUAUGUCGGCCUCAAUGUGCCACCCGAUGUCCUGGAGGCAGUGCUGGGCAUCAGCUCAACUGCGGAGCUGGGCGACUAUGUCUAUGGACUGCCACAUAUUGUGAGUGCCGAGUACGACAUACUGCAGCGCUUCUUGUUGCGCCUGAACUACGAUAAACCCUACUCGCCGCUGGUACAGAUAAUCAGAGACACGAGCACGGCCAAGGGUCAGUUUAUUGAGAGAUUAACCGACGAUCGCAGUGAAUCGAGUUUAUCGUACUAUGAAUUCUUGCAAAACAUUCGGGCUCAGGUUAAAUAGUAUAUAAGCAGAAAAUCCUACUAUUAUUGCAUAGAGCAUAAAUACGAGUCUACGACUCUGGUGUCUAAAGGCAGGAAGUACGAGUGGAGAACAAUAUAUGGAAUAUAGGCAGACGAGAUAAGAUUACAAGGACUAGUUCUCUGAUCCACUACCCUCACAUCCUCACCCUCCCCUCAAUCGCGUAACUUAGGUGUAACUUGUAAGUGCAUGUAUUUAUUUAUUUGUUGAUUUAUUGCACUAAAAAAAAAAAAAAAAAAAAGAAUGCAAAAGAAAUGAUAAAAGAGAACAGCGAGAGAGAGAUAUGUGUAUCUUGUCACAAUUGAAACUAGAUCGUACACUCGAGUCGGCCCAACAGUCAGUAGACCACCCCCCUGCCCAUCCCGCAAGCGGACAUGCAAUGUUAUUUAUUAUAGAUAUGUUAUGCAAUAAACAGAACCCACACACA